AUGAACGGCUCGCAAGUUAUCGCGGAAUCACUGGUGCAACUGGGCGUUGAACACAUCUUUGGAAUCGUGGGAAUCCCCGUCAUUGAGGUUGCUGACGCCUGCAUUGCUCGGGGCAUCAAGUUCAUCGGUUUCCGAAACGAACAGAGUGCCUCCUACGCAGCCUCCAUCUAUGGCUACCUGUCUGGCAAGCCUGGCGUGUGUCUUACAGUUGGAGGACCUGGAGUUCUGCACGCUUUGGCCGGCGUUGGCAAUGCCCAAUCGAACUGCUUCCCUCUGCUGCUUCUGGCUGGAAGUGUGGAUGUCCAUAACACUCACAAGGGCGGCUUUCAGGAACUGGAUCAAGUGGCUGCUGUCACCGAAUACACAAAGUUUGCUGCCCGACCUUCUUCGACCGACGCUCUGCCCUUCCUCCUGGAAAAAGCGUACCGAACGGCCUACUUUGGACGUCCUGGUGCAACUUACGUUGAUUUGCCAGCAAAUAUCAUUCAGUCUAAGGACAAUGACCAGGUGAGCUUUGGAGUACUGCAACGACUCCGCAACGUGCCUGCUCCUCGAUCGGCAGGAGACCCUGCUAAGAUCGCUGAGGCUGCUGCUCUUAUUCGAGCCUCCAAAUUCCCUCUGCUAGUCAUUGGAAAGGGAGCUGCUUAUGCUAAGGCUGAGCCUACCAUCAGACGCUUCCAGGAGAGCACCAACAUUCAAUUCCUACCUACACCCAUGGGCAAGGGUGUGAUUAGCGACAGCAACCCGGGCAACAUGUCUGCUUGUCGAUCUCAGGCUCUCAAGAAUGCUGAUGUGGUUAUUCUUGUUGGAACUCGUCUCAACUGGAUCCUACAUUACGGAGACGCUCCCAAGUACAGCGAGAACACAAAGUUCAUCCACAUUGACGUUUGUGCCGAGGAGCUUGGAAACAAUGCCGGGCAGGCAGAGCUGGGUAUCCUGGGAGAUGCCUCUCUGGUCAUUGGUCAGCUCGAAGAUGUCCUCAAGGGCUGGAAAUCCCCCGCUCUGGCUCCUGAGAUUGCUGCCAAGCGAGAGAAAAACGUGCAGAAUGCCACCAAGAAGGAGGCUGACCACUCCGUUCCUCUCAAGUACUUUGGUGUGUUUGCCAGCAUCCAAAAGACCAUUGCCGAGAUUGCUAAGGACCGAAAGCUGGUCAUUGUGUCUGAGGGAGCCAACACCAUGGAUAACAGUCGAUCUGUGUUUGGUCACGUUGAGCCUCGAACCCGUCUGGAUGCCGGAACCAACGCUACUAUGGGUGUUGGUCUUGGUUAUGCCAUUGCUGCCAAGGCUUACGACCCCAAGUCGCUGGUGGUUGCUGUGGAGGGAGACUCUGCUUUCGGCUUUUCGGCCAUUGAAGUUGAGACUGCUGUUCGGGACAACCUUCCCAUGGUGAUUUACGUCAUGAACAACUCCGGUAUCUAUCACGGAGUCGACCCUGCUCGUUACACUGACGGCCAGCCUCUCCCCUCCACUGCUCUCAGUCUGGAUACUCGGUAUGACGUUCUGGCCGAGAGUCUGGGUGCCAAGGGCUACUUUGUCAAGAACAUUGAGGAGCUGGAAGUUGCCACCAAGAGUGCUGUUCAGAGCAACCGAGUGUGUGUGAUCAAUGUGAUCAUCGAAAGUGGCAAGGACCAAAAAUUGGAGUUCGGAUGGAUGGCUAGUGAGAAGAAGAAAGAGAAGUCCAAGCUGUAG